UGUUGUUAACGUGAAAGGGGGUUGGCGCCAGAGUCACCAAAGAAGAGAGGACGCGACGUGGUGGAUCUUCAACUUCUUACAUUAUCUUCAUCAUCUUCACUCCCCCAUCCCAUAUUCCCAUGUAACUAUUCUCUCUCUCUCUCUCUCCCCAUGUCGAAGCUCCUCUCAGCAACAUCUCUCUUCUCUCUCUCUCAACCCAUGUCGAAGCUCCUCUCAGCCACAUCUCUCUCCUCAUUUCCCAAACAAGUCCGCCCCUUUUCUCUCCCCCUAAAACCCCUCUUCACUCCCCCCACCAAAACCCCCUUUAUUGUUCGUGCCCUCAACUCAUCCCCCGACACCAAAACAACCAACAACGAUGAUGUAUCGAAUAACGGAACUCCUAUAUCAUCAUCAGUCGAGGACGAUACUAAAAUAAAUAAGAAGAUUGAUUAUCCAACUGGGGAGUUUGAGUAUAAGGAGCCAAGUGGCUGGAUGAGCUUUGUUGUCAAGCUGAGGAUGUUGAUUGCUUUGCCUUGGCAGCGUGUUAAGAAGGGAAGUGUCUUGACUAUGAAACUCCGUGGUCAGAUAACUGAUCAGCUGAAGAGCAGGUUUGCAUCGGGAUUAUCAUUACCGCAAAUUUGUGAAAACUUUACGAAGGCAGCCUAUGAUCCUCGUGUAGCUGGUAUUUAUCUGCAUAUUGAACCAUUGGAUUGUGGAUGGGGUAAAAUUGAAGAAAUUCGUCGACAUAUUUUGAAUUUUAAAAAAUCAGGAAAGUUCAUUUUGUGCUAUGUCCCCGCCUGUGGAGAAAAAGAGUAUUACCUUGGAUGUUCUUGUGAGGAACUAUAUGCCCCUCCAAGUGCCUACUUUUCUUUAUACGGUUUGAGUGUUCAAGCACAAUUUCUUGGAGGUGUUCUCGAAAAAGUUGGGAUUGAGCCACAAGUGCAGAGGAUUGGUAAAUAUAAGAGUGCUGGUGAUCAACUUACACGAAAAAGUAUUUCAGAACCAAAUCGUGAGAUGCUAACUGCAUUGCUUGAUAAUAUUAAUGGGCAUUGGUUAGACAAAGUUUCUCGCAUGAAAGGGAAGACACGAGAAGAAAUUGAGAAUUUCAUUAGUGAAGGAGUUUACCAAAUUGAUAGGCUAAAAGAAGACGGCUGGAUAACGGAUAUAAAAUAUGAUGAUGAGGUUACCUCGAUGCUGAAAGAGAAAUUGGGACUUAAGGAGGAUAAAAAACUCCCGACAGUUGAUUACAGGAAGUAUUCGAGAGUAAAAGGAUGGACUCUUGGUUUAUCAGGUGGGAAAGACCAGAUUGCUAUAAUUAGAGCAUCUGGAAGCAUUAGUCGUGUUCGUGGUAGAUUUAGUACACCUGGUUCAAGUAUAGUUGCUGAGCAAUUUAUUGAGAAGAUUCGUAGUGUUAAAGAGUCCAAAAGGUACAAGGCUGUCAUUAUCCGGAUUGAUAGUCCGGGAGGUGAUGCUCUGGCUUCUGACCUAAUGUGGAGGGAAAUAAGACUUCUUGCUGCCUCUAAACCAGUAGUUGCAUCAAUGGCUGAUGUUGCAGCUAGUGGAGGAUACUAUAUGGCAAUGGCAGCAGGUGCUAUAGUUUCUGAGAAUCUUACCUUGACAGGUUCAAUUGGGGUUGUCACAGGAAAGUUUAAUUUGGGGAAACUAUACGAGAGAAUAGGCUUCAACAAGGAUAUUAUAUCACGGGGAAGAUAUGCGGAGCUUACUGCAGCUGAUCAGAGACCAUUCAGACCAGAUGAAGAAGAACUUUUUGCUAAGUCUGCUCAAAAUGCAUAUUCACAAUUUAGAGACAAAGCAGCCUUUUCAAGAUCAAUGACAGUAGAUCAAAUGGAGGAGGUUGCACAAGGUAGAGUGUGGACCGGGAAUGAUGCCGCUUCACGAGGGUUAGUUGAUGCUAUUGGUGGACUCUCUCGAGCUGUUGCUAUUGCAAAGAAGAAAGCAGAUAUACCUGAGGACAAACAGGUUACUCUUGUUGAGCUGUCAAGACCCUCGUCGACCCUACCUGAACUUUUGAGUGGCAUAGGAAGUUCUAUAGUUGGAGUAGACCAGACAUUAAGAGAAUUACUACAAGGUUUGGCAUCUGCAGAUGGAGUUCAAGCCCGAAUGGAUGGAAUCAUGUUUCAGGGAUCCGAAAACACUUCACAUGGCAACGCUUUCAUGAGUCUUAUUAAAGACUACCUAAGCUCUAUAUGAUCCGAAGCUAUCAUUUUGUACAAAGUUCAUGAUUCCAGCUUUCUUUAAUGGCACUAUUUGAGGACUGGGUAUCUCCACAAAUGACUAGCAGAGUUUCUUAUCACCAAAAUAGACAGAAACAGAAAUAAGACAGGCGCCUGAAUUCAGGUAAGAUUAUGCUCAUUCGCUUGAGGUACUCAUUCUUCCAAGGUACUUAAUGUACCAAGUUAGAUAUAUAUACAAGGUAACAAAGAUGCAUUAGGAUUUAUCUAUCAAGGAAAAGGUGAAGGGGAUGGACAUGUUUUUUGCGAUUGUAUAUGCAAUCUUGACCCACUUCUCAGCAUCCAUGUAAACAACAAAGAAAUCUAUAGUGAUUUAUAUAUGUUUUAAGGUUAAGUUCCCCCACCCCCAGUCCUGCUGGAUGUUGAAAUUUUGAAUUUUGUUUAAACUUCAUAUAUCGUAUUACUGAA